UGCAACAUGAAAACAAAUAUUAACGCUUUUGAAAUAAAAUUAACUAUUGCAAAAAGCUCUUAGCAUUUACAAAAUCGUUUGCUAAAUAUGGGGUGUUUAAGUAGUAAAGACCGCCUCACAAAAGAAGACAUGGAGUUUUUAAAAACUCAUACUCGAUAUGAUGAAGCUACCAUAAAGGAAUGGUACAAGGGAUUUAAGCAAGACUGUCCUAAUGGAAGAUUAACACCAGCAAAGUUUGUUGAUAUGUACAAAAUGUUUUUCCCAUCUGGAAAUGCCGAAGAAUUUUGCGAUCAUGUAUUUCGCACUUUCGAUAUGGAUAAAAAUGGCUACAUUGAUUUUAAGGAAUUUUUGCUUGCUAUAGAUGUAACUUCUAGUGGAACACCAGAAGAAAAACUAAAAUGGGCUUUUAGAAUGUAUGAUGUCGAUGGUAAUGGUGUCAUAGAUAUUCAAGAAAUGACUAAAAUUGUCCAGGCUAUAUAUGAUAUGUUGGGUGCAUGCUCUUCAAAUCGUCCAGCUGAUUCGGCCGAAGAAAGAGCAAAAAAUAUAUUUGCAAAAAUGGACGAAAAUAAUGAUGGUCAAUUAACUCAAGACGAAUUUUUAAAAGGAUGUCUACAAGAUGAGGAACUAUCAAAAAUGUUGGCCCCAUAAAUUUUAAAUUUAAAUAAUAUAAGGCUAAAGAAUGAGUUUAGAAAGAUGACAAGAAAAUCCAAAUAGUGUGUGUAUUUCAUUGAAUCAUUUAUAUCAUAUUAAAAUUUAUAAAUUUAUAUUUCUCAAAAUAAA